AUGUUCAACGGUCUGAAGAACUCUACCUCGCAACUAACAGGUCCUAUGUUAUGGAGCUUCAAAAGGUUUUUUUCUGUCGACAGUGCCCUUUUACAAGAGCUUUCUCGAGCAGAAAUGAGAAAGUUGUCGCCAACAAAGUUGAAAGAACUUAAACUACAGCACAAACCAAAGGCUCCCAAAAGUGCUUACCAAUUGUUCAUCAAACACAAGUUUGCAACGAACACUGACAAAGACACCAAUCCGCGGGACCUUCUUGGGAGGUUUGCUUCCGAAUGGAAAACAGCCCCCGAAGAGGUCAAGGCACCAUUUGUCAAGACACAUAAAGAGGCAGCUGCUGAGUACGCAAAGGAGUUUCAGGCUUGGAAAGAGAAAUACACCGUUCGCUCUCCGUACAUGAACUUUUUCAUGUCGAUUUACCCUAAACGAGUCGUCAAAGAUUUUAGCCAAAACAGCUCGAUCAUGAAACAGAUUGCUGAAGAAUGGAAUGCUUUAUCACCAGAGCAAAAAGAAUCAUACAGAUCGAAAGACUGA